AUGUCUGCCGCUCAGGACGAGUUCAAUCGCUUCGUGCAGAACAACCGCGAGAAAGCCUCCACGCAUCCCGAAGAUCGUGACAACGACUUGGACCGGUCGGACGACGACGACAACGACAGCGAUCACCCCGAGUUCUCCGACUCCGAAGAUCCCUCCGCCAUGGGUUCCCGCACCACCACCUCCUGUCAUAUCCCCAACACCGUCUUCGACGCCAACACCGGCCCGAAGGGCGUCAUCGCCGACGCCCAGGCCUUUGAACGCGCCCGCAAGAGCUCCUUUCGCAAGUCCCUCUUCGGUUCCGGCCAUGGCCGCAGCGCUUCCAAGUCCAUCCCGGAUAAUGCGAACCUCCUGCAUAACUCGCCGCCGCCGGACGGCUCUGCCAGCGAGGACGAUGAGGAGCGCUUCCUGCGCCAGUGGCGGGAGGAGCGCAUUCAGGAGCUGCAGAACCGAAACCUGCGGCGGCCGAGCCCCCGGCGGAAAAUGUACGGGACCGUCGAUGACGUGGAUGCCGUGGGGUAUCUCGAUGCCAUUGAAAAGGUCCCCUCCGACACCGUGGUCGUGGUGUGUGUCAAUGACCCGGAGUCCAAAACCAGCGCCCUCGUAGAAGACUGUCUCGACACCAUCGCACGGCGACAGCCCAGCGUCCACUUCAUAAAGCUCCACCAUGAGAUCGCCGAGAUGGACCACAUUGAAGCUCCCGCCCUGCUGGCCUACAAAGCCGGGGACGUUUUUGCGACGAUCGUCGAGAUUCCGCGUCAGAUCCCCAAAGGGCGAGCCUGCACCGCAGACACAUUGGAGGACCUCCUGAAGAUGUAA